AUGGCCCGUCAGGUGGCCCAAAAGGGUCACGAAACAGAUUCUACGACUUUCUCAGAGCUAAUGCCCCGAUCAACCAAUAAAACACAGGACUCAUCGAAUAUUGCAGAGCGUCGUAGGCAAGCCACACCAACCCCGGUUCACCUAGGGAAUCAUCAGCAGUACGGUGCCCUUGUCGAAAACGCCAGGGGCAUGGCUUUCAAUGCACCCAUGACACCAAAGAACAUUUCUCCAGCAGCUAUGGAUCAAGCAGACUGUUCCUCUUUGUAUUCUCAAACCAACGACCAUCCAAAAGCCUUGCAGAUUCAGCAGAGCAACAUGUCGCAACACAUUAAGGAUGUUUUGCAAUCAUAUGGCGGCUGGAAGGACUCGGAUGCCCCUACCUUGGCACCUGAAAUGGCCGGUGCUGGAAGAAGCACUCAAGAGCAAUCCCCAUCGGAGAGCAGACUGGGUGUUCUCAAACAACCAACAACAGAUGCGAGGCAAAUGUAUUCCCCACUUGGGCCUUACUUUGCAUAUUACGAUCUACCUGCACAGAAGAUCGCCGGUAAAACCCUCAUUGGUGAGCAAGGAUGGCUUGAAAGACCGAACAAAACCCCAGACAGCAAAAGGGACAAUUCCCCAAAAAAACCCAGUCUCCUCGACAGCCUCAAGAAAAUUGCCAAGGAUAUGACUGAGGGCAAGCCACACCGUAGAAUGCGAGAUAUUGAGAGAGAAGGAAAGGUGCAAAGGAUCACCAUUUCUCUGGAUCCUCGUGAACAGAGUCUUGUUUACUGCGAGCUCGAGUUUCAUAUCAGUAACGCACUUCACAACUACAUCACCAAUGAACUGAACCAUGGCCGCCUUAACCCCGAUAAACUCAAGAAGAUCUCGGACGGGUGGAAUCAGAAGGGCCGACCCAGGGUAGUUGGCUUCCGCUACGAUCUUGAGACGCAACUUGAUCUUGUCCGUCUACACAUUGACGAAUUUCAUUUUUUCGGUCGCCGCCAAGGCAAUCCAUUGGAGAUUGAAGGUCUCCUUCAUGCUAUGAAGGUUAACGCUCGGUCCAUGCGUAUUCGCACUUUCUGUCAGCCCGACUCCGUCAUUGCCAAGCAGCUCGUGGAUUCGCAGUCUCUCUGCAACACUAUUGGGUGCUCCACGUCCGAGCAGAUAGCAAUUGCUGAGAUAGCACAAUUCUUCAAGGUGAUUGUAGAAAGAGAGCAGGCUGUUCAGGAUAAAUCAGCCCGCGACGAUACAACGAAGACUCUUGGCCAGGGAAGUCGGCAAUGGAAACCGUCGAGGGACUUGAGCGAGCAGGAUGAUCCUUACGGCGGACUGCGUCUGAUACCUGACGAAUAUGAUAUUAACACGGAAACGCUUCGGCACGGCAACUGA